AUGAAGAGUUUAUUAAAAACAAUAUCAUGGAAAUUUACCUCGUUUUCUUUUUUUUUUUUUUUUUUGUUGUUUCUUCAGUUUCUUGCACGACACACACUCUUCUUUUUUUUUUUUCGUUCAUCAUACACUCCCACUGUAGUCAGUGAUUUUUUUAAGGACAGAAAAAAAAAAAAAAAAAAUUUUGUAUUUUCAAAGAAUCAAUUUUCCAACGAGUGUAUAUCCACUUUAUAUUUGUUGGUUGAUAUAAUGAGUAAUUCUAUUGCUGAUGCAUUCAAGAAAUUGAAUGUAUCUCCAGAAAUUUCACCUUCAGAACAUGAAAAAAUAUUUAAUGUUUCUUAUGAAUAUUUGUCAAAAGUGAAAAAAUUCAAUGAUUUAAAAGCCUCGAAAAACUGUCUUGUGGCAUUAAUCAAUUUGGAUAAAUAUUAUAAAGCCGAUCAAAUUAUCAAAAAACUUCCUAAAUCCUUAAUUAGUCUGUUACUUCUUGAAGUGGCAUAUAUAUACUACAAGAUUGGGAAAGUUGAAGACUUGGUCAAAUUAUACGAAGCUAAUGAAAACACUUUACCAAAUGGGGCUGAUAUUGGUUUGAAACAUGUCUUAGCACAAUCAUAUUACAAAAUUGGUAAGUAUGAAAAGGCAUUGGAAUUGUAUAAUGAAUUGAUUAAGAACAACAAAUAUGAUGAUGAAUUAGAUUUAGUUAUUAAUGAAAAGGCUAUAGUUUCACAAUUGAAUUUCCAAAAAGGUGGGAAAAUUGAAUCAACCACGACAGGAAAUGAUAAUAAUUAUGAUUUGUUGUUUAAUGAAGCAUUGAUUAAGUUGUCUAUAUUGAACACGACACAAGCAUUGGCAUUGUUAGACAAAGCCUCUCAAGUGUGCCACACAGAAUUGUCUGGACCAGAUUUGGAAUCAGAGUUGUUGCCCAUUAAAUUAACUACAGCAUAUGUUUAUCAAUUAACUGGUGAAUCAAAGAAAAGUUUGGAAAUUUUAGAGAGUAUUGAUAUUGAAAAAAUUAAUGAUCUUUUAAUAAAGUUGAUUGUGAAAAAUAACUUUUAUUCACAUUCUACAAUCACUAAUAUCAAUUUGGUGGAUAGAGAUUUGAAUUAUCAACAAAAUUUACAUAAAUUGAAUCAAAAAUUAACUGUCUUACAAUAUGAAAGAGUUUUGAAAAAUAGUUUAGUUUUGAAAUUUGCUAGUGGAACAUUAAGCAAAUCACAAUUAAACAAUCAGUUUAUCAACAAUUUUCAACAAACUUUCCCUGGUGAUCUUCUUCCUUUAUCAUAUAAAGUUUUAUCAGAGCUUAAUAUAGAUUAUAAAGACUUGCAGGAUUCUACAAAACUGAAACUGGUAGGUAGAAAACUUGUCAAAUAUAUUUCCACACAACACACAAACAAUGAUGAUUUGAAAAUUGUUGCUAUUUUGAUUUUGGUUUCCGUUAAUGCUCAAAUUGGAUUAUUUGAUCAGAGUUUACCUAUUUUGGAACAAUUGACACAUGAAUCAUUGACUACAUCCAAGGUAUUGCCAGGAUUGAUUGGAACUUUAAUAGCGAUUUACGAAAGAACACAUAAUAACAAAAAAUUGACUGAUUUAUUAUUGAAAGUUUUAGAAAAAUUAUUAUACACUCCUCAAGAAUUAUUUAAGGAUAUUAAUUAUUAUAAUUUUGCCAAAAUUGUCGCAUUUAAAGCAUUAAAUCAGGGUCAUGAUAAAACAGCAACUCAAUUAUUUGAAUAUUUGUUUGAAGUCAAUCCAUCCGAUCAUUUGAUUAAUUCAAUCUUAUCUAAUACAAAUAAUGAUUUAUUACCACUUGAUGAAUUGACAAGUAAAAAACCAAUAGAUGAAAUAUUAUCAGUUGAUAUUGAUACAUUAAUACCAACAACUAAAUCUAAAUCUAUAAAACCAAUUGUUAAAAAAUCUUCUAAAAUUACUAAAAAGAAACAAAAACCAAAAUUUGGACCUAAUAAAGUUUUGAAACCUAUAGAAGAUUUACAAUUGGAUGAAGAAAGAUGGUUACCUUUGAAGUUGAGAUCUUAUUAUAAACCUACCAAAAAGGAAAAGAAGAAAGCUAGUGGUGGUCAACAAGGAGUUGCUGAAUCAAGUGCUCGUACUACAACUUCACUGUCUAAUAAUAAAAAGAAAAAGAAGAAAGGUAAGAAAUAG